AUGGUCGACCUCCACUGCACCAAGAUCAUUGUCCGUGUCGCUCGCUCGACGGCAGCAAACAACCACACGUUGCACAUGUGCACUUUGACGUUGGCGAAUCUGUCGGGUGAACCGGCCAACGCGGCGCAGAUGGUCGACGACGACGCGGUCUCGGCGCUGCUCCAGCUCUCGACCCUCGACAGCGACGUGACGCGGGAUGCGUGUUCGCUGGCCCUUGCCAACCUCUCGCACGAGUCGCCGCCCGUGCCGACUGGAUCCGUGCUGGCUCUGAUUCAUCUCGGCAUGCAUGGCAAGUCCAGCGCGUCAUCGCCGCUUCCUCCCACGACGACGCGACCGCCGCACGUGACCACUCGACAUCAUGAAUCGUCUGCUGCGCCACCAGCGUAUACGUACGUCGAAGUGGAUUACACGGCGGUCAUGGCUGGUAAAUACGUGGCCGAGGUGGCCGACCGACAACCACCGAUUCCCCACCUGCCUACCAUCACAGUCGACCCCGACAGUUUGCAUGCCUCGAUGGACAACCCUGGCGGAGGAACUGGCGCCGGCACGGCUGCAGUCCCUCCCUCCCAUGAUCACGACGACCUACUUCCGGCCCAGCAGCUCGUGUUUGCCAAGAUCGAACCGACCGACCCGACAAAUCUUGGUGGCGGCAGCCUGGACGGGGGCGGGUCGGGCCUUCUGGACGAUGUCCAGGAGGAGCAUGAAAUGACGGGCGGCGGGGAAGAUGGGACUCUGCCACCUCCGUCGUCCCCCGAGUUCAAGCACGGCGACGAAGACGACCGAAGCAGCCACGGCCGAGGGAGUACCAGCGGCAGCAACGCCAGUGGACCGUACCACGACAAAACGACGCGGCAGUUGUUGCACCUGAACGACAAGCGAACGACGCGGGGGCUGCUCAAGAAGCGAUCGAAUGUGGCGCUGCUGGUCGCCAACGCGCCGGGCAGUUUCCGCCCCAAAAAGUCGGCCGACUCGGAGAUUCAUCUCCAUCGAAUAGGCUCGACGACAGUCAGGAGGCGCCCAUCCAAAGGGGUCGGUCUCAACAUGAGCGCCAGUGCGACCGGCCUUGCGACCGGCAUCUCACACGAUCUCACUUCGUCUUCGUCCCAUGCGACGUUGGCAUCCACGACGUCGAUGGCAUCAACAUCCAAGAAAAGCGUGACGAUACAUGCUCCACAGGCGACGGCAGAAGACACCCCCGAGCAGCGAGCCGACGACUUGCGUCAACAAGCACGCAAGAUGGGGCUUUGGAGCUAA